AUGCGAAGUCCAUUCUCGUUGGUUACCCUUGGAGCUUUCCUAAGCCUGACCCGUGCCUUGGAUCUCCCCGUUAUCACGCUGCCCUGGGGAAAAUACCAGGCCGAAGUAUUUGCAGACGACGAAGAGAUUCUCCUCUUCAGAAACGUUCGCUUUGGAAAGGAGCCACCUCGUUUCGGUGCACCAUCCUUCCCUAACUGGGAAGACGGUUCUAUCCAGAGCCCAGACCGCAGCACCGCCUGUGUCCAGAUUGAUCCCAAGAAGUUGAGCCACCCGCCUGUGGGUGGCAAUCCCCUUGAAGACCCUCAGAAGUCCCGCACAGCCCAGACAGAAGAUUGCCUGUUCCUCGACAUCUAUGUUCCCAAGUGGGCUUUUGAAGAAAAGGAAACCCUACUCCCUGUCACCGUAUGGAUCUACGGCGGUGGCUACGCAUUCGGCUCAAAGAACCAAGGCGGCCCCCUUUACACCGGCAAAUCUAUCCUCCAAGCAUCCAACUACAACUCCAUCUUCAUCGCUGGCAACUAUAGAGUGGGAGCAUUCGGCUGGCUCGCCGGCGACUACAUGCAGCGAGUUGGACAGCCCAACGCGGGCCUUUACGACCAGGCUCUCCUCCUCGAGUGGGUUCAGAAAUACAUCGAUCAAGCCCAUGGCGACAAAGAGUUCGUCAGCGCCUGGGGUGAGUCGGCGGGAGCAGGUUCAAUCCUGCACCAUCUCGUGCGUGAGGACGGAACGGUUGAUCCCAACUUCCACACUUUUUCUGCCCAGAGCCCCGGGUUCGAGUGGGCCUGGGACAACUCCCCCGGAGGGAAACUCGACACAAUGUUCAGGAACUUCUCCCGGCUUGCUGGAUGUGAGUUUGCCUACGAUAUCGACUGCUUGCGCGAUGCGCCCGUUGCGGAUCUAGCCGAAGCGAACCAGAACCUUUACGACUUGGUUCGCCAGACCGGCCUUUUCCCUGUUGGGCCUGCCAUAGACGGUAAAUGGAUCAAGAACCUCUCACCCAUCUCCUUUUCCGAGGGCAAAUAUUGGAAGAACAUCCGAUCAGGCAUCAUCUCUCACGUUGCGAACGAGGGUUACUUGUUCUCACCCAAAGAUAUGGACAGUGAGACCAAAUACGAUGCAUUCCUCAGCGAGUUUCUGCCUGGUUCGGCCCUGGCCCCCCAGAGAGCCGCAAUCAAGAACCAGUACGACUGCAAGAAGACGUGGCUGGGCAACUACCGACUGUGCGUGGCCGCCAUCAUCGCUCACGCCGUCUUCACCUGCAACACGCGAGACCUGGCCACAGCCUACCCCGACGUCUCCCACAUGAUGGAGUACAACUUUCCCGCUGAGGGGCUUGCAUAUCAUGGCUCGGAUCUCAUCCCCCUGUUUGUGACCAAUGCUACGGAGGCGGAGAAACUCCUGGAGUCGUUGGACAUUGAUAAGAAUCUGAUUGAGAUCAUGGCCGCUCUGAUCGAUACCUCGAUCAGGGGGCCGUUUCAGAAUUAUUUCGCUUCUUUCGCACUUUAUGGUUCCCCUAAUAGCUUGGGCGCGAGGGUACAUUGGCCUACUGUGGGGGACAAUGGCGAUGAGUUCUCAGACGUCUUGAAAGUCGGCCUCGCGUGGGGCUCUUCGUUUACGCUUGGCUCGGAUUCGAAGAACUCCAAGGCCAAGUGCUCGUUCUGGAGUGGCCUGGCCAAGGAGAUUGUGGCCGCAAAGACGACAUAUGGUGAUUCACAUGGCGCCCUGCUGGAGGCACAGUAUCCCAUAAACAGUGGAAAUGAGCUCUAA